CUCCUCCGGCUUCUCCACCACGCGCAUUUCCCUCUGAAGCCUGGCCUUCCGCUGACACCCGUCUUUUCUAGUGUACCAAGAUGUCUGAAGUUGCAAAUUCUACUUCGCCCGCCCACGAUGGCGCUGAGGCCAACGGCACCACCCUGAACACCAACGUGCCGCCCUCGCAGCAGUCUGGCGAUAUUGCUACCCCGACCUCUGCCGCCCCGUCGACUGCCCACCAGAACUCUGCCUCGCUCUAUGUCGGCGAGCUCGACCCCUCCGUCACCGAGGCCAUGCUCUUCGAGCUCUUCUCGUCCAUUGGCCAAGUCGCCUCCAUCCGUGUCUGCCGUGACGCCGUCACCCGCCGCUCGCUCGGCUACGCCUACGUCAACUACAACAGCUCUGAGGAUGGCGAGAAGGCUCUCGAGGAGCUCAACUACACGGUCAUCAAGGGCAAGCCAUGCCGCAUCAUGUGGUCGCAGCGCGAUCCUGCUCUGCGCAAGACUGGCCAGGGUAAUGUCUUCAUCAAGAACUUGGAUAUCGCCAUCGACAACAAGGCUCUGCACGACACUUUUGCCGCUUUCGGCAACAUCCUUAGCUGCAAGGUCGCCCAGGACGAGCUGGGAAACUCCAAGGGCUAUGGGUUCGUUCACUACGAGACUGCUGAGGCGGCCACCAACGCCAUCAAGCAUGUCAACGGCAUGUUGUUGAACGAGAAGAAGGUGUUCGUCGGUCAUCACAUCCCCAAGAAGGACCGCUUGAGCAAGUUUGAGGAGAUGAAGGCCAACUUCACCAACAUCUACGUCAAGAACGUGGAGCUCGAAGUCACCGACGACGAGUUCCGCGACCUGUUCGAGAAGCACGGUCCGAUCACCUCUGCCUCCCUCGCACACGACUCCGAGACUGGCAAGAGCCGUGGGUUCGGUUUUGUCAACUACAUCAAGCACGAGGACGCCGCAACCGCUGUCGAGACGCUUAAUGACUUUGAUUUCAAGGGCCAGAAGCUGUACGUUGGGCGCGCCCAGAAGAAGCACGAGCGUGAGGAGGAGCUGCGCAAGCAGUAUGAGCAGGCCCGCUUGGAGAAGCAAUCCAAAUACCAGGGUGUCAACCUCUACGUCAAGAACCUUGACGACGACGUUGAUGACGACAAGCUUCGCGAUCUGUUUGCUCCCUUCGGCACCAUCACUUCUGCCAAGGUUAUGCGCGAUGCCAUUCCCGCCGACCGUGCCGAGACUCCUUCCGAGGAGAAGGACGAGAAGAAGGAAGGCGAGGAGUCGAAGGAUGGCGAGAAAGAAGCCAAGGAGAGCUCCGGGGAUGAGGACAAGGAGAAGGUCAAGGUUACCAUCAAGGGCGAGAAGAAGAUCCUCGGCAAGAGCAAGGGCUUCGGUUUCGUCUGCUUCAGCAACCCCGAUGAGGCUACCAAAGCCGUGACCGACAUGAACCAGAAGAUGAUUAACAGCAAGCCGCUGUACGUUGCCCUCGCCCAGCGCAAGGACGUCCGCAAGAAUCAACUGGAAGCCACCAUCCAGGCCCGCAACCAGAUGCGCUUACAGGCAGCUGCGCAGAACGCUGCCGGUGUUGUCAACGCACCUUUCGGUCAACCUCAGAUGUUCAUGGCACCUGGUCAACAGCCGAUGGUGUUCCCUCCGGGAGCUCGCGGACAGCUGCCUUACCCCCAGGCCAUUCCCCAAGGAGGCCGUGGAGCUGCGUUCCCUGGCCAGCAGGGCGGACGUGGUGGUGCCAACGCUGCUCAGCAGCUGCCACCCAUGUAUGGUUUCCCUCCAAACAUGCCCCCGGGCGCUCUUCCGCCGUACAUCAACCCACAACAAUACAUCCAACAGAUGGCUCAGGCAGCCCAGGCUCAGCAGGCUAUGGGUGGUCGCGGUGCCGGCGGCCGAGGCCCAAUGCCACCCAUGCCUGGCAUGCCAGGUGGUAUGCCGCCCCAGAUGCCUACCGUUCCGGCCAUGCGUGGUGGAGCUAACUUCAGCCAAGGCGCUGGCGCUCGUGGAGCUGUCUCAGGACGACCAGGACAGCAGAUGUCUCCCUUCCCGCAAGGUCGGGGUGGACCUCAAGCUGGUGGCAUCCCGCAACCACCCCCGGCCGUUGGUGUCGACGUGAGCACUCUCAGCCAGGCUCCUCCUCCUCAGCAGAAGCAGAUCCUGGGUGAGGCGCUCUACCCCAAGAUCUUCGAACAGCAGCCGGAGCUAGCCGGCAAGAUCACCGGUAUGCUUCUGGAGAUGGACAAUGCCGAGCUGAUCAACCUCACGAGUGAUGACGAAGCACUCCGGGCCAAGGUCCAGGAGGCUAUGAGCGUUUACGAUGAUUAUGUCAAGACCAAGGGCGUUGACGAGAAGGAGGAGGUCAAGGAGGAGAAGGCUUAGGCGUCCCUCGCCAGCCUUCCUCCAUGCCGCCUCUUCCCACUGCGGCUCCUCUGGUUUCAGUUCAUUGGCGAAUGGCGCUCGGUCACGGUCUCUCAAAUUCACUGGUCAUCGGUGUGGCGGAAUCCCGAUUGCUUCCAAAAGUUCUUUUACAGUCUCUUCGACUCUUUCCUCAAUCCCGAAACCGGUUUAUCCUUCCCUCUUUCCGGGGGUUCUGCCGUUUUCGGGCUUUUGGAGGCUGGUCUGCUAGCUCCUUCUAUUUCGUCUACGCCUUCACUGGUUACGGAUGGUGUGGCAAGGUGCGGCCUUCUGACUUUUGACUUUUCUUCUCUUACCCAUUACAC